UCUCAUUUCUGUUUCAGCACAUUUCCCCCUGUUUUCCCCCUGGUUCCCGAUUUAUUUGCUUUUCAUGAGAUUGUGAUUUGGUCCUGUAGAUCUGUCUUGCUUGGAUUCCAGUAUUAUUGUUCUGUGUUUCCCUCUCUUCCAUCUUAGUACAGAGGAUGCAACAUUGAACUGCUUCUGCAUUUCGCAGAAAGAUUAGAAAAGUCCUUGCUUUUGGCGGUUCUUAAUUCUUGCUUUCCUCAGCUUUCUGCAGGCUGCAAUCUUUUUUGGCAUUUUGGUAUCAUUGAAAUGAUUAACUGCUUGAAAUGUGCUGCUACUUCAACUGGCGAGCUUUGCGCAUACCUUUAUCUGGUAGGCAUGUCGUUUGCAUGAAGGGAAAGGCAUUCAUUUUGGGCGCCUUCAUUUUGGGGGUGGAUCAUUGGGGGGAGGGGGGCGCCUCUCUCCUUUUCGAGCGGAAAUGAUGGCGCCUUUGGCGAGCUCUCUACCGAUCAAUCACUUGUUUAUUGCGAAAGAGGAUGCUAGAUCUGUAGCGUUGCAUGAUUGGGCUUAGUGGGGGGUUGGACAGAGUUGAUGGUCAUAGGAAGGAGACCUCAGCUUUAACUUUCCUAAUUAGACAGAUGAAUCCCCAAGCGCGCGGCAUAUUGAGCGCCCAAUGAUAAGCGUCCAUGGUGGGAGGUGGAUGGAGCUGAGUGUGGUGAUUGGGAAUGAACCCUACAGUGCAAUAAUACAUCACAAUGCCAAGGUUGCUUGCUAACUGACUAGAUCGAGCUUGUUGCAGUCUUCCAUUAUCUUGUCUGAUAAACAGACAGUUGUAGCAACAAUGGCUUCGAAGGCAAUGCCUCAAACCCUCCCAGAAAUCCCAAGCGUCCCAGACCUGAAGCACUGUUCUAAGAGUGCUUCCCCUUUGGAGACGCCCCCGACAAACAAUCCCUGUGCUUCAGCACAAACAUAUUUACCAGAAACAACCAAGCUGAGGAAAUCGAGUCAUAAACUGGAGUUGAAGGAGCAGAAACCAGACCAACACCAGAAGGAAUCUGUUGAUGCUGCGUCGAUCGAUUUUCCUGUAGAAUCCUGUGAGAAAAUGGUUGUGGAGCACGGGAGUAUGAAUGGAAGUUCCACUUCAUUUCAGACAUGUGAAGGAAGUAUUCAAGCAAAGGUGAGUGCAAGUGCUAGGUUCACGGAUCGACCCGAGAUCGGUGACAGAGGCAAUAGUGGCAGAUGCAGGCUUAGCACAAGCAGCGAUAUCAGCGACGAGAGCUCAUGUAGCAGCAUGAGCAGCAGCACAAAGCCUCACAAGGCAAAUGAUUCACGAUGGGAGGUGAUUCAGAUGGUCAAGACUAGAGAUGGGAUCCUUGGGUUGAGUCAUUUCAGGUUGUUGAAGAGGCUAGGCUGCGGCGAUAUUGGCAGUGUCUAUCUCUCUGAAUUAAGCGAGACAAAGAGCCAUUUCGCGAUGAAGGUUAUGGAUAAGGCGUCACUAGCAAGCCGUAAGAAGUUGCUUCGAGCUCAAACAGAGAAGGAGAUUCUGCAAUGCCUGGAUCACCCCUUCCUUCCUACACUUUACACUCACUUUGAGACUGAUAAGUUCUCCUGUCUGGUUAUGGAGUUCUGUCCAGGGGGGGAUCUGCACACUCUUCGACAGAGGCAGCCUGGCAAACAUUUUCCAGAGCAAGCUGUCAAAUUCUACGUAGCAGAAGUCCUCCUCGCAUUAGAAUACUUGCACAUGCUCGGGAUCAUAUACCGUGAUCUCAAACCUGAAAAUGUCCUUGUUCGGGAGGAUGGCCACAUCAUGCUAUCCGAUUUCGACCUCUCCCUUCGUUGUGCAGUCAGUCCCACACUGAUCAAGUCCUCAAACCCUGACGCAGAAGCACUCAGGAAGAACAGCCAAGGCUACUGCAUCCAGUCAACUUGUGUCGAGCCGUCCUGCAUGAUUCAGCCAUCAUGUGCAGCCCCGACCACCUGCUUCGGCCCACGCUUCUUCUCCUCCAAGUCCAAGAAAGAUCGUAAACCGAAGCCUGAAGUUGCCAUCCAGAUCAACCCCUGGCCUGAGCUCAUGGCAGAGCCCAGUGAUGUGCGAUCGAUGUCAUUUGUCGGAACACACGAGUACUUGGCCCCUGAGAUCAUCAAAGGUGAGGGCCAUGGCAGUGCUGUCGACUGGUGGACUUAUGGGAUAUUCUUGUAUGAGCUGCUGUUUGGGAAGACACCUUUCAAGGGAUCUGGCAACCGGGCUACACUGUUCAAUGUCAUCGGCCAGCCAUUGCGCUUCCCAGAGUUCCCGGUUGUGAGCUUCUCAGCACGAGAUUUGAUAAGGGGUCUACUUGUGAAGGAGCCCCAGCAACGGUUAGCUUACAAGCGUGGUGCCACGGAGAUUAAGCAGCAUCCGUUCUUCGAAGGCGUGAAUUGGGCACUGAUCCGGUGUGCAAGCCCACCACAAGUACCAAAGCCUGUCGAGAUCGAGAGGGCAUCGAAGGUGCCUCCAUCAACAUUAGGAGCCGCUGAUCCUUCCACUGGUGCACCCCAGAAAGGUUCUGAUGAUUACUUAGAGUUUGAUUUCUUCUAGCAAACAUAUGGGUACUGUACCAUUGGAUGUAGGUUUUCAGAUGUGACGUUUUCAUCAGAUGGUUGGUGUUCUAUAUUUGUCUCUUCAA